GUGGGAGGCAGGCAAUUGGAGCCAGUAGCCAGUUUCCAUAUGAAAAUGUAAGUAAGUUUUCCUGUGCCAUGACAUCAAGACCAGUAUUUCUGGAUCUUUUCGUCUUUUUUCACAGGACACAAUGCUGCAGCAUCCUUCUGGUUGUGUAACAAUCAUAUCUGUUCAUGGAAGAGAAUGGGGCCGGUUUGGUACCCUCCACACAAUUAUCUUUUGUUCUUUGGAGCCUAUCUGCUGGCUGGUACAGGUUAUCAAUUUUUUGUCCAUGGAGUUCAUGGGAUAGAUGUAUGUUUCUCUCUGAAGUUGCCUUCCUAGUUGUUUACUUUUAAUCCCUCCAAUUAUGUGUUCCUCAUAGAGAAGUUCUGUUUUACUUCACAUCAUAUUUCCUUCCUUUACAGUUUUAUUUAUAGACUAUGAAUGCAGGAUAGUCUCAGAACAUGAGGAAAUAUAGCAUCAUCAUCUGAACUGCUGGUAAAAUCAAUGGCUCAUAAUUUAUGUAAGACUUCUACGUGUUCAUUUGGAUCCUGAUUCAUGGCAGUAGCAUAUAUAUUUGAAAAUUUUUAGAUGACAAAGUUUGCCAAGUUUUCUUGUUCUACAUGUUCCAAGUCAAUUUUACGAGUUUCAACUUUCAAUGUGAUACCAAACUUCUUUAACAUUUACAAUGAUGUAAGCAAUUCAUUCUUACUUCCUGCAGAGCUUGUACUCUUAUUUGGUACAGAGGUUUAGAGGAGCUUCUGAAGCUUACAGAAGUUCCUAUUCCACAGUCACCUUCUGAGAAAUUGCAACUUUUUUCCCCUCUGAGUAUUGCAUUCUGAGAUAUCUUGGCUCUAAUCGCUUGUCAUAUACAAACAAGACAAAUGGUUUACAGUUGAGGAGAGUGACCUAUGAAUCAGAUUCUUAGAAUCCUCUGCAGAAUUACUACUCUUGUCUGUCAUAUAAAUCCCCCCUUGUCAUCUUCUUUUUUUCUUAGUUAUCUUCUUUUGUUAAUCUGAGGUUAAAAUGACUUUCUUUGGAUCAUCUAUAUGCUUCUUUGUUUACCUUAAACAUAAAUGAGUCAUAUAUGGGGAAGGUAUGGCUUUUCUGUUAGAAAACUGCAAUUUUACCUUUGCAGGUGAGAAAGUUGCUUUGAUGAUCCCUGUUCAUGCUGCAACAUCUUUGGAGCAGAAGCAACGAGGAAAGAGGGGUUUUUUUAUUUUUAUUUUUGUAAACAAAAACACAGCUUUUUGUUUAAUUGGUAAUCAUCUAAAAACACCUAGGGGCCUUUUUUCAUUCUAUAACUUAAGUGCUACAUCUAGAAAAACCAGAUU